GCGGCAGACACAUACACACACACUCUGUCACACACACACACACACACACACACACACACACACACACACACACACACACACACAGAGAGAGAGAGAGAGAGAGAGAGAGAGAGAGAGAGAGAGAGAGAGAGAGAGAGAGAGAGCACUGAACAAUACGCACGUGAAAAUGUUGAAGCGGCCAACGGUAUGGUUGGUUACUGCGCUCAGCCUGGCCGUGUUAAUUGUUCAUUGGGCAUAUCGAGAUCUGCCGGGAUGGGAUCCCCCCAAUGUUCGUAAGCGGCUGCUCGCUGAAGACGAGGUAGAGCCGAAAGUCCCAAGUGAAACACGUACAGCGGCUGCUGCUCCUGCUGCUGACGAUGGAGAUGACGACAAUGAUCAAUUUCCAUACGUCAUCCAAUCCGAGAUGCGAAGGAGGACGAUAUCCAAAACAGAAGAUUCGGAGGAAGCUACGACUGAAGAUUCAGAGGAAACUACUACUGAAGAUACCGAGAAAACUGCAACUGAAGAUUCUCAUGAGACCACUGAAGAUUCUGAAGAUGCUGAAGAAACUAGCAGUGAAGAUUCAGGGCAAACUUCUCCCGAAGAUUCUUCAGCUCCUGAACAUUCUACCGACUCGGAUAAGCCAGUGACCGAGAACCGCGCGGACAAUGCUUGGGGCGAUGAUGGGCCCGCGGAGAAGACUCCAGUGUCCUCUCAACCCGCCUCCACUGACCGGGGGUUGAAGGGGGAGUCUCAGAGUUCCCCCCCCGCGCCCCAGCUGCUGCUCUCGGGGGGAAAUUCGUCGCUUGGUCCGAUUGAGGACGAGAGUUGGUGGGAAGAGGAGAAAGGGGAGGUGGAGGGGUGCACGACCGCCUACGCUCUCAAGCCCUUUCUCGAACGACUGGCUGUGAACGGGACGAUCGUCAUCUGCACCAUGAACUGGGGUUUUCGCGCGCUUUCCGUUAAUUGGUUGAUCUCGGUGGACAAAUUAGGAAUGUCGGACAACGUGCUGGUCUUCGCGGAGGACGUGGCUUCUUGGCGGCUGGUGGAGACGCGCUGGCCAGGCCAUGCGGUGCUCCUGUGCCGCAGCGCGCCGAGCGGGAGCCGCCCAUCUGAUUCCGCGUCGGCCACAGCAGCGCGCAGCUCCAAGCCAGCGGGCGGGGUAUCGAGCGAUUUCCCGAGGGAGUUGGGCGUUCAGAACUGGAACUCGGAAGGGUACGGGAAGGUCGUGAGAGGGAGGCCUAAUUACAUCCUGGCCUGCUUACGUCACGGAUACUCUGUGCUUUACUCUGACGUGGACACCAUCUUCGUGAAGAACCCGAUCCCAUUCAUCGCGGGACAAGCAGGAGGAGAAGGAGGAGGAGAAGGAGGAGGAGGAGAAGGAGGAGGAGGAGAAGGAGGAGGAGGAGGAGGAGGAGGAGGAGGAGAGGAGGGGGUGGAGGGGGAGAGAGACAUGAUAGGAAGGGGAGGGAGCAUAGUUGGAGGGGAUUCUUCUUCGCAGGCAAGGUCGUUGAGAGGAGGAGGAGGGGUGGUCGAGAAGCGUUGGGAGGGAGAGAAAGAGGAGGGGGGGACUGCGAUGUAGAUCGGGAUCUUGAUGGAGCUGGCGCUUGGGAUGGUCCAUUGCGUGAUGAGAUGUUUAAUGGGCUUAAUUGCCUUCCGCGUGCGUCGCGGUGGAAGGAAUUGAACGUGUGCACGUAUUUCCUCUCCUUCCGACCGACCCGGCUGUCGAUGCACCUCAUGCGCCAAUGGAUACGUCGAAUGCGGUCACCCUCGGAGGGGUCAUCCGGACUGGCCCGCCAGAAUCAGCCGCCGUUGAGGAGAUGAGGAUGGAGAAGAAGAGAGCCAACGACUCCAUUGAUAUUGACGUGGAUUUCAGGUUCCGAAUACYGCCGAACAAGU